UAUAUAUAUAUAUAUAUAUAUAUAUAUAUAUAUAAUUUUUUUUUUUUGUGUUGAUGGAAAUAGUCGUUUGAUAAAGCGUCGACAAACGUGGUCCUCAUCAAAGUACAGUGUGGAUACGCUUCCCUCGCUCUCUUCCUGUGACGAGAGAGGAUGGUGGGGGAAACAGAGCCGACCCUGAAUCCUUGGACGGCUGCGGAACAAAUGCCAGGAGUCGAAAUCGAAGCUCAUGGAUUGUCGACGUCGGAAUCGAUGGUGGUUGCAGAGAGAGAUGGGAUGGUAUUCUCUGCCGAACGGCGUAUUGAGAAGCAAUCGAACAAAAUGUCUGAUGAGAAAUUGGGUGUUGUAGAGAGAGCUUUUUCCGCCGCUGGCGCCGCCUUCCUCUCCGCAAUUAUAGUUAACCCUCUUGAUGUGGUCAAGACAAGGUUGCAAGCUCAGGCAGCUGGGGUAUCUUACUCGCAUCCUUUAAGUAAUAGCACAAGUCGCAUGGCAUAUUUUGGACCAAGCAUGUUGUUUGCGGAUUUAAGAUGCUCUCCAUCCUGCGCACGUGCUGGAGUCCAUGGUACUGUUUCAAUAUGCCCUCCUGAUUGUUUUCAGUACAAGGGAACACUUGAUGUAUUCUACAAAAUCAUUCGUCAGGAAGGAUUUUCAAGGCUCUGGAGAGGUACAAAUGCAGGUCUCGCACUGGCUAUUCCAACGGUUGGAAUCUACCUGCCAUGUUAUGACAUAUUACGUAACUGGUUAGAGCAACUCACUUUACAUAAUGCACCAAGCAUGACUCCUUAUGCCCCUUUAGUUGCUGGGUCUUUGGCACGCUCAUUGGCAUGUACAACAUGCUAUCCUAUUGAACUUGCUAAAACUCGGAUGCAGGCAUUUAAAGUGGCGGAAAAUGGCAUGAAGCCUCCUGGUGUCUGGAAGACUUUACUUGGGGUUGUCUCUGAUGUCAAGCCUGCAAGUAAUGUUCGAAACAGCUUGCAAGGGUACCGUGUUCUAUGGACAGGCAUGGGGGCACAGCUUGCUCGUGAUGUUCCCUUCUCUGCAAUAUGUUGGUCCACCCUUGAGCCUAUCCGGAGAAAACUUCUAAAUAUGGUGGGUGAUGAUGCCAAUGCCACAACUGUACUUGGGGUAAAUUUUUCUGCUGCAUUUCUGGCAGGAAGCCUUGCUGCUGGUGCUACAUGUCCUCUAGAUGUUGCAAAAACCCGAAGACAGAUAGAGAGGGAUCCAGUCAGGGCAUUAAAAAUGACAACGAGACAGACACUAGUGGAGAUUUGGAGGGAUGGUGGGAUGAAGGGAUUGUUUACAGGGUUUGGUCCACGUGUUGCACGUGCAGGCCCCUCCGUUGGGAUUGUUAUUUCAUUCUAUGAAGUUGUAAAGUAUGUUCUACAUCAACGGUAUCAAAGUUCAUGAUAGAGACAAAUUCUGUUCAAGGUUUGCUUCUCCGUAGAAACAAAGCUUGAUUUUAACAUAUCUGAAACUCUACACAUCAAAGAACCACGUGCAAAGCUUUCGUGGAUAUAGUAAGCACACAUGCAAAGGCACACUUGAAAUGGAGGAUGUUUAUAAUGAUAGGGCUUCUUUCUUAGGCUUUCAAGUUGAAGUAUAGAACUUAACCCCCCCAAUUUUGGCGAAAAAUUUUGUUGCUCUUGGUUGAGCUGGAAUUUUGUCCUAUAUGGUUCAUUCCUUAGGCUUUUUUUUUUUUGUUUUUCUCUUAUUUAAUUUUUUCUGAGAGUUUAUCGCAGUUUCCAAAUCAAUGGAAAGUUGAAGUACCUGCAGAAUGACAGUAAAACGUUUUUAAAAUAAAUUUUGUGAAAUAAAGGCUUUGUUCUUUUUCC